CAACAUCCUGUGUCGAUUAUAACGAAUAUAAAUUUGUGUCUAGUGAAUGAUAGGUUAUUCAGAAAUUAAUAUCACGUCGAAAAUAACUUCUGAAAUAUUAUGAUGGUAUAGAAGUAUUUAACUUAUGUUUCAAGAAUUUGUUUUUAUCAUUACAAGCGGUAAAAAAAAUUUAAUAACCGGAGCAAAAUAUGACAAAUGGGAAAAUGAUCACUAGAUUAUCAUGAUUUGGUGAUUGAUAAAACGCCAAAUCCAUCAAACAAUGAAGAAAGUAAAAAUUUUCUCAACCCCUGGCCCUCCAUUUUCUUGAACUACAACCCAACAUUCCUCCCUAUCAACUGUCAAAAUUAACUCUCUUUUUCCUUUUCUUGACUCUCCUUCUGGUAUACCUAACCCAAUAAAUUUGCAGUGCCAUUACACUUCAAGAUCUGAGUUUCUAAGCAAAAAGAAAUUAAAAAUGUCAUCUUUUGUUAGUUUGUUUCUAACAAUGUUCUUGAUUUUCCCAUUUGGACAAUGUAAUGGCCGUGUUUUCACAUUUGAAAUGCACCAUCGUUUCUCUGAAACUGUCAAGAAAUGGUCAUUGCAGAAAGUUGCGGGUCCACUUCAAGAUUGGCCAGCCAAGGGAAGUUUACAGUAUUAUAUACAUUUGGCUAACCAUGAUCGGUUGCUACAUGGAAGGAGGCUUUUCAAAUUUGAUGGACGACUUACUUUCUCUGAUGGCAAUUCUACUUUCCGGAUCAGCUCUCUUGGAUUCUUGCAUUACACUACGGUGACUUUGGGGACACCUGGAUUGAAGUUUCUUGUGGCUCUUGAUACUGGGAGUGAUUUAUUUUGGGUGCCUUGUGAAUGUGGCAGAUGUGCUUCUACUGAUGAUCCUACACUUUACAGCUCUGAUUUUGAGCUUAGCAUAUACAGCCUGAACAGAUCGUUAACUAGCAAGAAGGUCACCUGCAGUGAUAGCUUGUGUGCAGAGCACAGUAAUUGCCUUGGUGUAGAUAAUCACUGCCCUUAUUCAGUAUCCUAUGUCUCCUCAGAAACUUCAACUUCAGGAAUUUUGGUGGAUGAUAUUUUGCACUUGAGAACAGAAGACAAUGAGGAAAAAUUUGUACAGGCACGUGUGAUCUUUGGUUGUGGACAGGAGCAAACUGGUUCUUUUCUAGAUGUUGCAGCACCGAAUGGUUUAUUUGGGCUUGGUCUAGAGAAGAUAUCAGUCCCUAGUAUUCUGUCUCGGGAAGGUUUUAUGGCAGAUUCCUUCUCCAUGUGCUUUGGUCGUGAUGGGGCAGGACGGAUUAGUUUUGGAGACAAGGGUAGCAUUGACCAGGAAGAGACCCCCUUUAAUAUAAACCCAUUACACCCAACAUACAACGUUUCUGUAGAUCAAAUACGUGUUGGAACAACUCUGAUUGAUUCUGGUUUUACAGCACUUUUUGAUAGCGGAACCUCCUUUACAUAUCUUGCAGACCUAUCCUAUACAAAGCUUUCAGAGAGUUUCCAUUCUCAAGUACGAGACAAACGGCGCCCACCUGAUCCGAGGAUCCCUUUUGAAUAUUGUUAUGAUAUGAGUCCUGAUGCAAAUACUAGCUUGAUUCCUAGUUUAAGCCUAACUAUGAAUGGGGGAGGACAACUUCUUGUUAUUGAUCCAAUUAUUGUCAUAUCCAUGCAGAACCAACUCAGGUAUUGCCUGGCCAUUGUUAAGAGUCAAGAUCUUAAUAUAAUUGGACAGAACUUCAUGACUGGAUACCGCUUUGUAUUUGAUCGAGAAAAAAUAAUCCUCGGUUGGAAGAAGUUUGAUUGUUAUGACAUUGAGAAAAUAGAUGAUUUCCCAUCACAAACCGUUAAUACCACCCAUGUGCCACCUGCUGUUGCUGUUGUGCCUGGAAAUGAUAAUGCUGAAAAACCAGAUGAAAGGACCACAAAUACUCAUCAAAGUUCUUUUGCAUCAUCUGUUUAUCAGACAUCUUAUUUGAACCUCAUAAAUUGCUUCCUAGCAUCUCUGGUACUGCUACUUUUAUAAUAGCGCUACCAUAUGCUCAUUCUCACACUGGGGAUUCAGCUAUGCAUCUUAGGACUUAGCAUAUAGUGCAGAUAUCAACCUUGCAGAGCUCCAUAUAAUGUAAAUUCACGUAGGAAAGUUAAUUCUUUUUCCGAGCCAAACCUUAUUUUUUAUAUGUAGCUAAGACAUAUCAUCAUGGUAGUUUAUGUACAUUGUGAUUGUGAUAGAACAGUCUGUGUAUAGAGCCAACAUAUUUCAGAAUCACAGCUGCAAUGACAGUUAGCUAUGCGCCCGCCCCUCUAGCUCAGCCCUUGCUGGGAUGUAAAUUAUGAGUCUUGUACGCGCCAUUUCCUCAUAUACUAGAUUGCGUUUGUGUAGUA